AUGAGAUUUUCUAAAUUAUUUCGCAGUGCUGUAAUUUUCCGUAGGGGUGUGGGCUUAUGUAACAAAACGGUAAGAUAUCUAAAUAACGCUUCAGACCAGAACCAACCAAACGGAUGCGGUAGCAACACAACUGAAAUGAACAAAGAAGACAAAAUUCCUGAUGGCGAUAAGAAAGGUGUAGUAUUGGGUGUCUACGAAAAUGACAAAGAGUUGGAGCUGACACCGGCCGCUGAGGAGGUCAACCAGCGUAGUGGUGGCAAGUUGUCGCGGUACCUGAACGAUCUGUCCUGCCAACUGAAGCUGGGCAAAGCGUUUGUGGUCACCGACGUAGACCCACAGCUCGGUGACGUGGCGCUAGCGUCGUUCGGGCGCAAAGAUGCCGGUUAUAAUAAACUGGAGGAGCUCGAAGAGGAUCGAGAGAACGUCCGCUGGGGCGUGGGUGCCGGCGUGUCAGAGCUGCGACGGCGCGGAUGCUCGCAGCUUCUCGUAGACCCAUCUGCUGCACCUGAUGCUGCUGCCGAGGCCGCUGAGCUGGCCGCCUGGAGAUUUCAAGAGUUUAAAAUGAGUUCAUGCCUACAAACUGCGCCAAGUGUGUCAAUGUAUAAUGUCCAAAAGUACGAAGCCAGCCCAUCAGAUAGUCAGCAAUCGGCUGAGAUGGCAUCCGAACCCAGUGCUCAGCUGUGGACCAAAGGUGCAAUAAUGGGUUGCGCGCAGAACUGGGCCCGCUACUUGUCCGACAUGCCGGCCAACAAGAUGACUCCUGUCGAUGUCGCGCAGGCGGCGUUGGACGUGCUAUGCCCGCUGGGCGUGCAGGUGUGGGCUCGCGAGCGCCACUGGAUGGAGGCGCAGCGCAUGGAAGCCUUCCUGACGGUCGCACGCGGCUCCUGUGAACCGCCAGUGUUUUUGGAGCUGGCCUACACCGGCUCCUCGCAGGACCUCCCGCCAAUACUGCUAGCUGCCAAAGGGGUCACUUUUGACUGCGGUGGGUUGUGCCUGAAGCAUCCGGACCACAUGCGGGAGAACCGCGGAAGCAUGGCGGGAGCCGCUGUUGUCCUCGCCGCUAUAAAAGCCAUCGCAGAACUUAAGGCGAGUUUCUUCUUUAUUAAAUUUGUGUAUGAACACUUACCGUGCAGUGGCGGUGUGCCCAUAAAUGUCCGCGCGGUGAUACCGUUAUGCGAAAACUUAAUCAGUGGUCAGUGUAUGAAAGUCGGAGACGUGGUACGAGCUCUCAAUGGUACCACUAUACAGAUCGAGGACACAGACAUGGAGGGACGCUUGAUGCUUGCGGAUGCGCUGGUGUACGGGCAGGCCAUGUACAGACCCACACUCGUUGUCGAUGUCGCUACGCUUACUCGUGGGUAUUCGUAUUAUGUGCAUGUUACAAGAGGGAUACUGCUGGCUACAGGUGGUGGUGCUUACGGCUGCUUCAGCAGCGGCGAGGAAGCGUGGGGCGCGUUGCGGGCCGCCGGCGCCGCGGCAGGGGACCGGCCCUGGCGCCUGCCGCUCUGGAACUACUUCCGCAACCAGCUGAUCGAUGAUCCAUCGGUGGACUUACGAAAUAAAGGAUCAGGCACGGCUACUCCUUGCAUCGGCGCUGCAUUUCUAAAGCAGCAAUUCGUGUGCGGCGACUGGCUGCACCUGGACGUGACGGGCGUCGGCAAGCUAGCGCAUGCGGCCGCGCCGCCCUACCUGCGCCCAGAGCGCAUGAGCGGCCGCCCCACGCGGGCGCUCGCAUACUUCCUGGAACGCCUGAACCACGCUUCCACAACGUAUCCAACACACCAAUACACACAGCCCCGAAAAACAAAUAGCAGGGGUGAACACAAACUCGCAUGCUCAACACACUAA